AUGGCGGCGGCGGGGGGCGCGACGAGCCGCAGGGGCCCCGGGCGGCCCCGCCCCUUCUCCAUCGAGCACAUCCUCUCCAGUCUGCCCGAGAGAAGCCCCCCGGCCCGGGCCGCCCGCCCGCCGCAGCCAGCCGGCCGCCCAAGCCCUGCGGAGCCCGGGGAGCCCGGGGCGCCCGGGGCUGCGCCCUGCGCCUGCUGCUGCUGCUGCGGCCCCCGGAGGCCCCCGGAGCCGGCCGCCAGGCUGGGCGCGCGGCUGCCGUGGCCGCUGAGGCUGGGGCCCUCGGCGCCCUUGCCCUUGGCCGUGCCGCCCGGAAGCUCCGGGGCACUGCCCGGCGCGGGCGGCCCCGGCCCGCAGCGGCGCACGCGACGCCACCGCACCAUCUUCAGCGAGGAGCAGCUGCAGGCGCUGGAGGCGCUCUUCCUGCAGAACCAGUACCCCGACGUGGGCACGCGGGAGCGCCUGGCCGGCCGCAUCCGCCUGCGCGAGGAGCGCGUGGAGGUUUGGUUCAAGAACCGCCGGGCCAAAUGGCGACACCAGAAGCGGGCGUCAGCGGCUGCGAGGCUCCUGCCCGGAGCCAAGAAGCCUCCCAAGGAGCGAUGCUGA